UUGAAGCAUCUCAAUACUCGAUGAUUGAUCAUCGAAGGUGCGAAACCUAUUCUAGAAUAAUUUCAAUUUUAGUUCAAAUACUGCAUCCACCGCAAAGACAUCGUCAGCCGAACAUGUGGUUUUCUGUGAAAAUAUCGAAGCUUUUGCUACUAUUCGCCGCCAGUUCCGUGGCAGCAUCGGUGGACAACGACAUGAAGAUCAUCGGCGGUUUUCCCGCGCAACAGAACAGCACCCGCCAUCAGGUUUCGAUCCGGCAGAAAUCCGUCGAUCUGGCCCUGUUCGGCAGUGGCCACAUCUGUGGGGGAAGUCUCAUCAACGAUCGCACGGUUCUGACGGCUGCCCACUGUCUGGUGAACGAGGAGGCGAGCUACUUCCGAGUGGUCGGCGGUGAACUAAAUCGGCUUCUUCAAACCCAGAAUACGGUGAUCGCCAACGUCAGCAAAGUGAUCAUUCACGAGAGUUUCGACCUGAAGACUAAGGCUAACGACAUAGGAUUGCUAAUUCUCGACAAGCCGGUUGAAAGUUCGCACCAAACACUUCGGACUAUUGAAUUGGCCACCUGUCGUCCCAUUGCAGGCUCUAUUUGUCAAACCACUGGCUGGGGAACCACUGAGUAUGAUCUUCCGAUGGUAACCGUAGAAUUGAUGGCCGUUAACGUUACCAUCCAGCCGAUUGAAUCAUGCAACGGCACGGAAAGCUACAAUGGAACCAUUCUAGAUGGUAUGCUAUGUGCGGGAGAGAUCACCGGAGGAAAGGACUCUUGCCAGGGUGAUUCCGGGGGUCCUUUGGUCUGCGGCGGCUUUCUAGCGGGCAUAGUUUCGCACGGGGAAGGCUGCGGGUGGGCUUCCUACCCGGGGUUAUAUUCCGAUGUCGUACACUUCCGGGAGUGGAUUGACAAGCAUAUGCACACAAGCGGAGGAGAGAAUGUAAAAUUCACGGUUGUGGGUUUAGUGGCGGUUUGCAUGGUGCAUCUGGUCAGAGCGGUUUGGGUUGUGUGAGUCAGAAGUUAAUAAAAGUUGGCCAACCUUCCUCUGUAA